AUGUCGGAGUCGGACGAGGAAAUCUCGUUAUCGGCCAAUGCAUUAGCUGCUUUGCAAGAAUUUCAACUUGAGGAACAUCAAAGGCAAGAGGAAUUUCAAAAAUUGUAUGAAGAAGCUGAUCGCAAAUUCCUAAUCGGAAAAGACCAAACUGGAAUGGAGUUGUUUGAGGAAGAUUGGCAACUUUCACAGUUUUGGUACACCGAAAAGACGGCCUCUUUGCUUGCCGACGCACUACUUCAGGGAGCAGAUGAAAACACAGUUGUGGCGGUUGUCAGUGCACCUUCUGUAUAUGCAGCAAUUUUGAAGAAAUAUGGUGAUAAGCUUCCUACACAACAUAUCUAUCUCUUCGAGUAUGAUAAAAGAUUUGAAUUGAUGGCAGGGAAAGAUAAAUUCUUCUUCUACGAUUACUCUAAGCCACUGGAGUUCGAGAACACUCUAAAGGGAAAGGUUGACAGGCUAUUGAUAGAUCCUCCUUUUUUGAACCGCCACUGCCAGGAAAACUCUUCAAUCGCCGCCAAGGCAUUAUUGGCGCCAGACGUUGGUGCAAAGACUUCAUUUGGUGUUGAGAAGCAUCGCAUGAUGUCUUGCACUGGAGAAAGAAUGGAAUCAAUUAUUGCUGAAAUUUACCCUUCUACUAAAAUGACAACAUUCAUGCCUGAACAUGCAAAUGGACUAAGUAACGAGUUUCGAUGCUAUGCGGACUUCGAAUGGGAUGAGUGGACAUUUCGGUUAUGA